ACACAAAGUGUCAGAAAGUGUGCAAAGAUAUCUCUUCAUGAUCUAGAAUCGGAGAGGAAGUAAAGAUGUCGGGCCAUUAUGUACAGCUCUGCCCUAAUCCACUACGAUUUGAGCCUGUCACCAAGGAAAACAGCGUAUUUUUUGACGAGGCGAAUAGGCAGGUAUGAAGAUGAGCUCACAUGCCCACAUACACAUUUCACAGUUGAAACCUACAAGAAGACUUGUGGGAGAGAUUUCCGUACAACCUCAUACAUUUAUCAUGCAUAUAUCUUUCGACUCUAUUUGUAUCAGCUAUUUGUGUGAAAUAGUAUGAAAUUGCUGGAUGCAUAUAUAUAUAAUAAAUGUAUGAGACUGCAUGGUUCUCGAUUUGUGAUCAAAAUUACCGUUUCAGGUCUUUUCUGUGACUUCAGUUGAGGGAAAAACUCGUGUAGUUGUGAGAGGUCCUGAUGUCAAAUCUCUCGUCAUUUUCAAGUAUGUUGCAGAUGCUACUAAUAUGGUAUUUAUAAAGCAUGAUUCAUUUAAUUUCCAUUUGUGACCAUCCCGCCAUAAAGGAAAUCAACUACUGCACAGUAAUCCAUCACAUGCCCUCACUCCCGAUCAAAAAUCCUUUAAAUAGAAUGUAUGUGUACAAAUAUGCUAUUUCUACUGGAUUACUGAAAAAAUUUAGUAGUUGGUACAUGCUAUGCAGUUUAAUACGAUGAAACCUGGUUAUAGUUAUACCCGGGGCACUUGGAUAUUUUUUGGGUGGGUAUCUGCCGCCCGGGACUUCAAAUUGGCACCCUGUUCUAAAAAAAAUUUCCCCUUAAAUUGAUACCCCGUUCUAGAAAUGGGCCAAUUUUUUAUACCCCGUUCUAGAAUUCGCCCUAAAACUGAUACCCCGUUCUAGAAAUGGGCUAUUUUUUAUACUCCGUUCUAGAAAGUUUGUAAAUUGAAAUAGCCCUGUUUUUUAAAAAAGAUAUUUCUUUAUUUGUUCGACUCAUACAUCAAAUAAAUGCGUCUUCAUAAUCAGCAACAAUUUUGAGCAGAAGAUAAAGCCGUGAUCUCCAAUUUUUUACACCCCGUUUUAGAAAACACCUCUGAAAUGGAUACCCCUUUCUAAACGAGGAGCUUCAAAAUCACGACCCCGUUGGGCGGCACAUACCCAUAUAGGUAAUGUAUGGAAGUACCCCCCCCCCGGGAGUUAUACAAACAAACACUAAGAGGACAUGCCAUCAUAUCUGUGCUAUUUCUCGGAAAAAAUGGUUACAAACACAUGUUUUAUUGACAUUAAGACUAAAGCAGGCAAAGAGAAAGAAGGGUAUAGGAGCAGUGACUGCAGCAAAAAGCCAAGGAAAUGAAAUCUUGCGUUGUAGGCAACAGGAAACUUUAGUAAAGGGCUGCAGCACAAUGGCAGUUACUGACAAGGGCCAAAUACGGGAAGAACGAUGUUCUUAUCAAAAUCAAAUCUGUCAUGCUAUUUUGCUUCUGUUUUUAAGCAAUAAAGUCAUAUUAAUCCAUGGAAAUCCCUUAUCAUGUGAGAAGGGUACAAUGUCUUCAAUCAGUACAUGAUUAUGACAAGGAAAUUUAAACCACUGUAGACAGUGCACAGGCAACCAGUGUCUAUGAUAUAAGGGUGUUUGUGACUUGGGACAAGAGAAAAGUGUGUGUUACCUGUAUUAACCGGUGUCCAAAUUAAGGGAGUUAAUUUUAGAGAAAAUGUCUAAGAUUUUCAUUGAGACAAAUGAAACAAUCCGCUAUGCAGGUGUUGGUAUAGAAAGGGUGUUCAGUACGUUAAUAUUUGUAAGAUUAUACUAGAAAAUUAAAGGAGAUGUCUUAGAAGCUGGCUACAACAAAUGCAAUGAAUAUUUUAAGAGAGAUGGCAUGUUGGGUUAUGGGCUAUGUGCUACGCAUUGAAAAACUCAUGAAUAAUUUACUACUCACUAGUAGUAUCGCUAAAAAACGAAUCACCAGUCGUGUUUUGUUGUGCGUCUUACAUGACUCUUAUUGUAUGCUAUGAGAAUCACUUAGCAGGAGAAUCAACAAAAGGGGAACUUAUGGUAUAAAUAUUAUUACCAUUGAUUUUGUGAAAGCCAGUGUGUACAAUAGAGAAAUUCUUGACAUGAAGAAGGUGUUUCAAUUAUCAGCUUUCAAAUUUCAAUGACACAGGAUUUCAGUAGAAUUCAUAUUACUGUAUGUGCUAGCUAAACAGUACAUGGUGUGCAUUGCUUUGUUCUGUGCAACCAGAAUGUGUUAUGAACAAAGAAUGCAUGGCUGCAAUUGGUUUCUGUGCACCAUGUAGCCGGUUACACAGACAUCGGUCAAUGUGACAGUAUUUUCUGUAGUUGAGCUAAGGAGAAAAAGUCACAAGCAAACUUUCCCUAACCCCCUGACCCAUACCCUUCUAAACAGAAAAACACGUAAUACAUUUGUUUUUUCAGUAUACCAUCUGUAGGCCAUGUCCAGUCCAUCAAAUUUUCUUAUGAUCGCAAGAUACUGGCAAUUCAGAGAUCACUGAAAGUCGUGGUAAGCUAAGGAGAGGUCUAAAUUUGUUUUUCCACUAAAUAUCCAUUCUCUCCUAUGGAGCCUGUGGCAACAUUUUGAUGUUUUUCUAUUGUCUUUAAGAGCAUAGACCACAGAAAGCAAUAAAUGCAAUUGGUUUCCCGAAUACUUAUCCACUGUAUAGCGAUUUAUCUGGUGGAUAGCUCCAUUAAGUGGAUAAGUGUAAGGGAAACCAGUUACAUUAUCCACUGGAUAGUGGUUUAUCUAAUGGACAGCAUGCACUAUCCAUCUUUUGAACAACUAGGGCCUGAAGGACAGAAUCACAGUGAACAACUUUUUUUACAAGUUCUUUUUUGUGCAUGCAGGAGUUUAUUAACUUUGCUGAAGGGAAUGAUAGUCAUCAGUACAGCCAGACAUGUAAGGUGAGGAUUUGCAUAAAACUUUUAAUAGCAUUGCUGCCAUGCACACAUUCAGUUCCUGUUGUGACAUACACAAAAAUUUCUUACUUUUGUAAGGAGUUAACAAUGCCUUUACAAUAAGUAAUGCUAAAGUUCUCACAUACUUCAUGGUCAAGAGUUACAGUGACAUAAUAAGCAAUAAAGUGAACUUAAUUUUCCAAUUUCUGCACUCUUAUAGAUCAAGGAAAACUCUGCAUGGUUUACUAGUGUUCCACUUGAGUUACAUGUUGACAUUAUGUCUGUGUUUCAUGUUAAAAAUGUUUAACCUACUGAGUAGGUUGAUUCUCAAUUCAUUUUGUCUCCUAGCCCUAAUUCACAAAGAAUAAGGGCUAGGAGACAAAGGAAAUUGAGAAUCAACCUAAUCAGUAGGUUAAACAAUUUUAACCUGAAUUUAAUUGUGACCUGUAGCAUCAGAUUCUGUAAUCUAUAAGAGCAUUGAUAAUGGAAAUUUGGUGUAUUUUGUCUAUUAUAUUGAUCACACAAAUGCACCAAGUAAAGAUACUAUUGGAGGACUCACCUUCAUCCCAAAAACUGUGUGACUAUUAUUUGUUGUUGUUUUGAAAAGCUUGAGUUUUUUUAACGCUGUAAUCUGUGUUGACUUGUUCCUGUGCGAUACCUGAGGGUGAAAGACAUGACAACUAAUGAUUUUUAUAGUGUAUGGAAUGCUAAAAAUGUACUACCAUGUCAGUUCCCUUGACAGCAAUUGGCUAAAAAAAAUACUUGAUCUUUACCUGUAAGCUAAGUCUUACAGAAUGAUGUUCUUUUGUUUAACAGAGCAAGUCUGCUCAUGUUAUUGGCUUUCACUGGACUAACCUGAAUGAAAUUGUUUUUAUUACAAACCAAGGACUGGAAUUUUACCAGGUACUUAUGCUUGAAGUCACUAAAUAACUGCAUCUCACAGUCUUGAAGAAUACAUACUGUAUGUACCAUUAACAAUAAUAUUUAUCUCAACUGGAGUUUAAAUUGUACUACUGAAAUACAUGCACCAUGUAGAAAAUUGUGCGGGACACCUCCAUUAUUACUACAUCUCCAAUGAUUCUGACAUUGUACAAAAGGUUCCUAGUGAAAUGUUAUUUAAUAAGAAAGUGGUCUAGAACAAAUAGAAUAAUUUAUGUACCAUUAUAGUAUAAAUAUAGAUAACUAUAAAAAAUAGAAAAUGUUGUUUUUUUCUCCAAACUAUUGAUUCCCAUUGAGUUCCACUAACUUUUUUAUGUGAAGGAUGUUUACAGGCAUCAUUAACCCUUUCCUUUUAAGGUUUUUCCUGAAAAGCACAGCCUUAAAAUGAUCAAGAACUACAGUGUACAAGUUAAUUGGUUUGUCUUCUUGGUAAGAGAACGUUGUAUAAAAAUAUGACUUAACCAUUCUCAUGGGUAUCAGAUUAUAGAUGUUUGAAAACUGAUAAGUACAGUCAACUCUGUGUUAAUGGACACCUCUAAAAGAUGGCCACUUCCCCAAUUUGCAAUCCCUGAAUGGAUCCCUGUCAUUCGUCUUUAAGGCAGACACUGUUCUAAAGACAUGUGGUUCUUCUGUGAUCCUUACAGAAAGUGGACCACGAAAAGACAAAACUUCAUACUUGCACUAGAAUGAUUUGACAUUGUGUAGUUCCAUAAAAUAUCCAUACUCUCCCCACAGAAGGGACUGGAAAUUCCCGGGGGGUGGGGGGUUCUCAAAGGCCCCAAAAUUUAAGUAAAUGUCUGAAGCUUGACUGGAAUUUCCAGAGAGGUGGAGGGGUCUAAGGAAAAAUUCCUUCAGUGGGGGAGGUAUGGAUGAUUUUUGGAACCACACAAUGAUAUUGUCGCAGGGUCGAUUGUUCAGUUAAUGAUCAUUGGUCAAUGAAUCAGUUGUAGGAGGUGUUCCUUCCCUUAAAUUCAGGAGUGGCUAUGUCUGUUAAAGUUUCAUCUGGUGAAACUUGUAUCAAGUGGGCACUCAAGGGACCAUUGCAGAUCUCGUGCCCACUCAGAAGCGGUGUUUUUGUGCAAAUUAAUGGACAGAUUUGGCUGAGAGAAAAGAUGGGGAAAAAGUUUGGUACUCUUUUUGUUUUGAGAUACAGCUGUACAUGUACAUGUUGGUAAAGUUAACUGUGUGGCAGCUGUCACUGUCAUACAGCUGUGGCAUGCAAUCAAAAUUUGUACACUCUACAUGGAUGUUGUUUAAAGAACUUAACGUUAAGUCCUCUGUAAUACUUGUGGUACUUUUCAGUGUAGUUUAACAGACGGUUCAUUUUCUUUUCCUUUGUUUAAAGCCAGAGAGUGCUGUGCUGCUAUUGUCAUCAUCUGGGCUUGGAAAUGUCAUACAUCCUUAUCACUUCAGGGUUAGUUUAAAAGAGACCUGAUCCCAGUCCCUUGAAAGAUGGUUAAAUUUAUCCUGAGAUUAAGCCAAAUUUAACAAGGUUUCCUUGUCUAAGAACAUGCAACUGGAGCUUACAAAACACUGUUGAGCCUUUACUAUGAGAUACAGUAAUGAUGAUGUUCCUCUCAGCAACCCAUGGGAAGGUAAAAUACAAAACCCACCAAAAUUUUAAUCUUGUACUAUUAGAGGUAAAUCGGCGUUUCAGGAACCGGGCCCUGAAGAUUAAGGGUUGAGCAUCAAUCAUCACUGCCAGUUUUCAGACCUACCAUGAUGCCUUUCAUUCUCCCCUUGAAAGGAGUCUUAAACUGGCAAGUGAUAAUAUUGAUUCAUCCAUAACACCAAAAAAUGACAGCAGCACAAUACAUGUAAGCUUCAUUACUUUAGGAAAUUGAGCAUUUGAACAAUAAAAGGUGCCAUAACAAAGAGCGUUCACCAAAACUACUUCAUGAGCUUGUAAUCUGUCAAAGAAUGUUAUUUGACAGACACUAAUCUUUUCUUUAGGAAUAGGUGACAUUGUGACAAGCUUCCUUGGUUGGGUUUUAAACCUGUUGUGUUUAAUCUGAAUUACCAGUAUUUCUCUUAUUAUCCCUGAAAAGCCCCUAUAUAAUUUGGAUAACAUUAGUUUUUUUAAAAUUUUUAUUGUUAUGUUUGAUUCAGGCAGGAUCAGUGAUGCGGCUCCCAAAAUUUGAGGUUGAUAUCCCUGCAGCUUCCAAAGCUCAGAAAACUGGUUUGUUGGAGAGGGAUGUAACCCUGGCAAAUAUGUGAGUAGCUUCACACCUGCAGCCUCCAUGAUUUUGUUGUUCAAUAGCUAAGUUAAGUGUUCGCUUCAUGAUUCUGAGAAUUUUGAAUGUGUUGUCUGCUGUAAUGGCCAUGUGACUCUUAGAACAGCUGGGGUACGUGGUGUCCCUACACCACUGGUUUUUGUAAGACAUGUAUGGUUUCAUAAGUCAUCUGGGCUUAGUUGUUUGAAAACUGGAUAACGAUAUCUACCGGAUAAAUUUCUAUCCAGUGGAUAACACAAUUAUUUUCCCCAACACAUAUCUGCUGAAUAGUGAAUUAUUCAGUGGAUAUAGCGCUAUCCAACAUUUGAACCGGGGCCUGUUGGGUAAGAAAACAGUUAUGAGAAGUGUGCAUUUUCCUGAAGGGCGGAGGAAAUUAUAUGGGCAACAUUUUUAAUGCAAUUUAUUAUAUUAUUUGUCACACAGCAAUGUUGAAUUAUUAAUUUUACAGCAUUAGAAUGUCUGCUCAGUCACAGAUCUAGGAUAAAUACUGACUGAUUCUCUAAAAGAGUGUCAAAAAAGCAAGCUUCUAGGGGGAUCUGGGGCAUACUCCCCCAGAAAUUUCAACUCCCAAAAGUCUUCUGAGUCAUUCAGACAGGUUGUUUACUGUCUGCCCCAUUUGACAGAUUUCAAUUUGGAAAAUUUUUUGGUUGAAUUAUUUUAUUAAAACUAUAUAAUUUUAUUAUCAUUGAAAGAUCUGACCAAUUUCUGCGCCUGCAGCUGUUGAGCAUAAUUAUUAUAAUGUUAUUGUUACGAAUUUUUCUGUGCAGAGAUGGCCAGCUUUAUGUAGUAAUCCUAAGGAACCAACAAAGAAGUGCAAGCCCUGGACCUGUUGGAGCUGAGAUAGUCCUCUAUCAAUUACAGCGGUUUGUAGACCUUUAUCUAAAUGCUUUAAUUGAUUUUGAUCUACCCAUUACAAUAGGCUCUUUGCACUAGUUGAUCACAUGAUCAACUCUCGGUAAACACGAAAACAGUUAGCGCAAGCUGAAAGAGCAUAUAUUAAAAUUAGAUUAUACAAAUUACUUAUUGCAAAUUAUACAAAGCCUUGUAAAUUUUGAAAUUUUCAAAACUGUCAUGAAAUAUUUCCCUAAGCAUUAUGGGGCUCAAUUCUUCUUUUAAUUUAUAACAGGCAAUUUGACCUCUUAAAUGUGUAUGGAAAAGAUUCAAUAACAGUUAAUAAAUUUUAGAAUUUACAAGCAUUUGUAGGGAAAACAACUCAAAUGUGACAGGGUGGCAAGGGUUUUUCUUAUACAAAUCCUUCUAAUUUUUGGCAGCCGUUGCAAUCUCUACUUUUGAGGUAUAUGGCUGAAAAUUUACAGGUUACCUAAUUUUAAUAUGCUCUUUCAGCUUGGAGCAAUUCUUUCAUAAUAUUCUCCUGUAACGUUACACCUUUCUCCUACUACUAGAAUUCUUAAAACCCUGUUGAAGCAAUUCUCUCAUUUCAUUUUGUAGAGACAUUCCAGCAAAGAAAGUUGCAGUCCUUCAGCUGAAUAUGAUUGGCAGAUUUGCUGUUAAUGUUGUGGUAAGAAAGGCUUAUUAAUAAGUUGCAAUGGGCACUAGUUUACAUGCUUAAUCUCCAAGGUCAAAGUGUUGAUAAUUAAAGGGUCCUCUGCUCUUUGAAACUGAAUUAUCAUCAUUUUUCUUGAUUUGUGUUUAACUGUUAAAUGUCCUGUUAAUAUAUUAAUAUUGUUUUAAUAAUUUUUUUUGCUUUUUGUUUUUCAAAAGGAUAACCUUGUUAUUGUGCACCAUCAAGCUUCAAAGGUAACAUCAUAUUAAUUAUUAUUUAUGGUUCUGCAGUGUUAAACAGGGCUUUUUUAAGAAGGCACUGAAUGGUAAAAGUAACUAAAAUGGGAAAAUCCCCCACCCCACCUCUUGGAAAUAUCCUUAACCCAUUAAUUUUGCUCCUAGUAAUUUUUCCAGAAAACGCAUUUUGAAGUUAGUUGAGCCAUUUUCUGGUCACUGUUUGACUAUAAAGAGCUGAAACUGUUUACUUCUAACCCAGAUGCAAAAUAUUAGCUUCUGAAGGUCAGGCAUGUGUAGAAAGCAAAAUUUUCAGACACAGCUGUCUUGACUUUUUCUUUUGGCUUUCUCCCCCCUCUUCUCUUCUUUCACUGUUCUUGCCUCAUUUUUUUCUUUUGCUGGGGAUUUAAUAGGCUUUGUUUUUGAGGGAAAGGUUUUUGGGAACGCUUUUAGGAUCUAAGGAUUAGAUGAAAUAAAAGGUGGUUGGAUAGUGGGACACGAUUUUCAUGGAAAUUUUUUAGGUCUUUAUGUUACAACCUCCUUGACUGAAUCUUGCUCAUUCUGGUAUGGUUUGAAAGGUCUUUUCACCCUGCACAAGUUAGCUUGACCAUUAAAACUGAUGAUGUCGCAAGUAGGAGGAGUGGCUCUGCACAGCUGUUAUGGGUGGUUUAAGGGUGAAUGGGUCAAUAACAUUUGAGUAGGUUUCAUGUUAAAGUUUUAGUCAAAGGUGCUUUCCUUUUAUCAUUUUAACAGACAUCCAUGCUAUUUGAUAUAAGAAUUGGAGGAGAGUUCGAUGGACAGGUCACCUACUUUCAGCCAGUGUUAGCUCCACUGCCACUUGAACAAGCUGUUUUAGACAUGGGUAUGUAGUCGCAGUCAACAAUUACUAGUACCAUACAAUCAACUUAUUGACAGACUCAAGCAAACCUGGCAAGGACAGAAUGACUGGAUAAUCUACAGUUUGACUAAAAAUAAACCACUGUUCAGCUGUGAGCAGAAGAUGGAUAACAUUGCGGCUUAACUGACAGAUGACCAGUAAUAACUAUCAACUCAUGUGAUACAACUCAUUCUGACUCUGAAGAUGACCACUGCAGAGGUUGUCAAAACAUCAAUCACUGUCAACAAUCACCAAGACAAAAAUCACCCAGAUGAUCAUGCUCCACCUACUUAUGUUAUGUGUUUUGCUAUCUAGUGACUAGUUUCCCUUUCAUGAUGGAUUCCUUGCUUUCCUAGAAGUUCCCAAAAAUUCCCAACUCACCUUUCAUCCCUUUGUUAAAGUAUGUGGUUGAAAUAAUAAUAUAGAUGCAUCAAAAUGUAUUUAAAAAUAUAAAUUGCCAAAAAAAUUUUGUAGAGAGGCUCAAAACAGCAAUGCAUACACAGCCUUGAUAAAUGUAAAGUCACUUCCCUAAAGGUAGUCUUUGUACACUAAGCUGAAGUACAGUCCAAGGGAAAGAGGGAAAGGAAGUACAGUCGACUCCGAUAACUUGAACCUUCUAGGGAGGGAAAUCAAAAAAAGUUGAAGGUAAAAUUACAAUAAAUGUAUGAAGAAAAUCCAAGACAAAUCGACUUUGCUUCAAGUGAAUGCGAGUUUCAAGUUAGCAAGGGUACGAGUUAUCAGGAGUUAACUGUAGCAAAAAAUCCAUAUUUGACCAUCACAUUUUUCAUCUCUGUUCCUGAGUGCAGAAUUAAUGAUACAUAUAAUAUAUAUAUAUUUCUCUUAACAAGCCUUAAUUGACUCUCUUCCUAAGAAUAAUUCAGUAAUUUUGUUUCUUUGUUUUUGUUGUUUUUUUUUCAGAAGAGAAAGAUUCCACAACUGGGGCUGUAAAAAAGAAGAGGACAGUCUGUGACAUGUGUAUCCUAUUGUAAAUUCAAACUUGAUUACCAUGCAGCAGUUGUACGAUUAGUAUUUUUUAUGCUGUAUAACUUUCAUUAGACAUCUCUACAUUUCCUGUAAGUAUGAACUCAAGAAGGGUGGUUAUCUUGGGAAGAAAGAGUUUAUUUAGAUGACUCUUAUCAUGGCCCCUGCCCACUCUGGUCUUUGCAUAAAAAGGAAAUUUUCAUUUCUUGCACAAAACUGUAAUGCCAGGCACCCUGCAUUUCUUAAGUUUAGUGUGUAAACUGGGCCUCCUACAAUUUAGCCUGACUUGUCUUCCAUCAAUCCAUCAAUCUAUAGAUACAGCAUCAUUUUUUUCUUCAUCUGUAUGCAGUGGCAGAAUAAUCUUAAUAAUCCACUGUACCAGUUUUGUUUUCAAGUAGAAAAUUUUGCUAUAAAGAGGCCCUAGCAAUCUCAGACAAUGCUUGGUACAUGUAGUUUGCAAGAUUGCAAUGUUUGGUAGUUUUAAGAUUGGAGUACCAGUUUCCUGUAGUUGACCAUAAACGACUUUACAUUUAAUUUUUUUGAAGUAAUUUAUUAGUUCAGCAACUGGAUGGCCACUUAAAAGCUAGUAUAGUAUCUUGAUGUUGCUCCUCUUGGGCUGUUUUGCUUAACAUCUUGUCCUUGCCAGACUCUCAAAACUGGAUUGUCUUUCAGCCGAACAUCAUAAUAGAUGCUAAACUAGGUGAGUUAAAGUGUUGAUUAUGUUAAUUUGAUUAUGAAUUAUUAUUGAUUUUUACAAAGUAUUAUUCAUUACCUAAUAUUCUCUUGAUGUGGUCUUUUUAUUGUGUAUUUGUUAGGCUGUUUAUGGACAGUUCUAAUAAAGUUGGAGCCAUUAGCAGUAAUGAUUGGUGAUAAGGUAAUGAACUAUUCAUAAACUUAUAACUUUAAUUAAGUUAGUAAUAAAUUCUCAAUUUAUUAUUAUCAAAGUUUUGUAUCGCUUAUGACAGAACAUCUUAAAAUACUAGAAAAUACGUUGGUUACUCAUAAUUUUUUUCCAUAACUUUUUUAUUUUAUUUUAGGGUUUGUUGGUAGAUUUCCUUCUUCUCAGGAAGGAGAGCAAAAUGGUUAUUCUGACAGUUUUCAAACAGGGUAAGUGCUGUAGUUAAUGUCUAACUCACUGUAAGAUAGACACUGUUGCGGCAAGCACUAGCAAGGUGCCUGCCAAAGAGAUUUCAAACAAAAUAUUUUUUGCUGAAGAAUAGAUGCAGGCUUACUCUAGAUGUCAGUUACCAGACAGUGUUGACUGUACAGCUCUGCACCCAAGUGUUUGCCAUGAAAUGAGAAAAAGUUUUAAUUGCUCAGUUAUAUCUCCUUUUGUUUUAUACAGUAGCUGACAAUUUUUUCCCCAACAAUGUGCCCUCCCACUGGUUUAUACUUUGAGGUCAUACGAAUCUAACAAUAAUGCUUAAUUUCCACCAAAUCUCUGAAUAGGCAACAUAUUGUACAAUCUACGUCUGCUCAUCAAAAGAUAUAAGUGCACUGUUACUUGUGAAUGUUGGCUGCUGCUUAGCUUGCUGAGGAGUAUUUUCAUAAAUUAUUAUUUUACACACAAUCUCAAGUUUUUGUGGGGGGAUUACAAACAGAUCACUUAAUUACCCGCGCCUCAGGAAACUUGUAAAUAUCUUAAUGGUUCCAUCACAGUAUUAGGAAACGAACUCAACCCUUUAAUUCCCAACAUCCAAAUACGUAUCCUCCAGACUGAUCUCCUUAAUUUCCUAAACGAAUUUGUUUAAAGGUCAAACUAUUUCCCCCUGGGUGAUCAUUUUAUUAAUUCUCACUACCUUUUCUCUUGACUAUGUAUUGAUAUUGUUGAGAGAAUAUUAAUAUUGGUUCAUCUUGGAACUUAAGGCCAUCUUAAGCUGUUAACUGCAUUUUCCCUUGGGCCAGUUUGAUCAUACAUGUUCCUUAUGGAGUGCACCUUUUUUUUUUCAUUGUGAAAAGACAUCCCAGAUGUAUGUUGUGGUUCAAUUUUAUCCUUGGUUUAAAUUUCAUUUUCCUUUGUUUUGGGGUAUGACAAUGUAUGGUAAUGAGCUUGAAACAAAGGAAAUUAAAAUUUAAGCCAAGAAUAAAAUAUUAUUGAACCACAACACAUACAUGUUGAAAAAUCUAACUGCAAAGAGUACUGUUUUGGCCUUCUGGGCCUCAUCAGUGCAGUGCUGAUGCUAGGAUGGAGGUUGUAUAAGCUAUUGAAAAAUCAAUAUUAAUGGCCAAUGGCCACUCACCUCUGACCCCCGGGUGGCUGGUGUGUACAAGUAGUUUGACUGUUGUAAACAAUAAUAGUUAUGACUCUUAGCUUUGUUGAUGAUGUUAUGGUGAGAAAAUUCAGAUGAAGCCAUCAGAUCAUCAGCACUUGUGCAUGCUACCAUUUGGCACUAGAUUCUAGUUACUUAAUGUUUGAUGUCCUGUUGUUAUUGUCUAUUAUUGUUAACAGCUCUUACACCAGGAAGACAAUGCAGCCUGCCUGUCCUUGCACGCAUGUUUGACAAGUUGAACUUAGCAUACAAAAAUUAUUCCCAGGAGAUAGAAUUAGCUGCCCAGCAGGUACUGGUCUACAGUUUUUAAUUCUCAUUUAUUAUACCAUCAACUCUUAUUUUAACUGCGGAAGGAUUAGCUCAGUCGGUAAAGUGCUUGAGUUUACAGUGGGAGGACUUGGAUUCGAAUCCUGGGGCCGGGGGUACUACAUACUCGAGGUCUUAAAACAACUUAGAAAUGAAGGUACCGCCUUUGCCCUGCAUACCGCUAAACCUUCAUGUAGCUUGGAUAACCACGUAGAAUGGUGGCCCUGUCUCCAGAAGGAGAUGUAAAUAUAUUGUCCUCAAUAAUUAGUACUUUCCUGCUAAAUAAUAAUUAUUUAUUAUUACAAUUACAUGUACACUCAAAUAAAGUGUUUUUUUCCUUUGCAUUAUUCAAUGUAAUUUUUGGGUUAACUUGCACUUGUACUGUGAUUAUAAUUUAUGACACAGCAACUACACAGUCUGUCACAAUUUUCUACAAAAAGAAGUUAGUUUACACCAAAGCAAAACGGUUUCUGUCCUUGUUCUGGAUACUCAAUUGAAGGAUUUGAGUAGAACAUUGCCUUGAUCAGUCUGGCCGAUUAUGAGUGGUCCUGAUGGAGGACAAUACCCUCAAUAGAAAGAUCAAGGAUGCAAUGCAGAUAAAUACCAGAUGACCAUUACUAAACAGGGAUGAACAGCUAGCCGAGCUAACAAAUGUCCACAAUAUCAUGUACUCUGCUCGCGUGAUGAUUGCUACCCCUAGUCAUCCCAGUCAUCCUAGCCAUCCCUAGUCAUCCCAGCCAUUCAUAGUCAUCCCUGUUGUCCCAGUGAUCUCUAGUCUUCCCUUAUCAUCCCAGUCGUCCCUUAUCAUCCGUUGUCAUCCUGAACAUCCCAGUCAUCCCAGUCAUCUCCAGUCAUCGCAUUCAUCCCAGUCAUCCUUAGUCUUCCCAGUCAUCCUUAGCCUUCCCAGUGAUCCCUAGUCAUCCCAGUCUCCCUGAUCAUCCCCAGUCUUCCCAGUCAUCCCUUGUCAUUCCCGUUAUCGUUACAUCCCUAGAAAUUCCAGGCUUUCCUAGGCAUCCAAGUCAUCCCUAGUCAUUGCAAGUCACCCAUGUCACCUUAGUCACCCUUUUCACCAUCCCAAGUCACCCUAGUCACCUUAGUCACCCUUUUCACCAUGGUUCCCCAAGUCACCGUAGUCACCUACAAGUCAUCCUAGUCACCCUAGUCACACUACUUACCCAUGCCAUCUUAGUCACCUUUUUCACCCUAGUCCCCCAAGUCACCCUAGUCACUUUAGUCAACCUACUCACCCUAGUGAUCCAAGUCUCCUUAGUCACCCAAGUCAUCCUAAUAACCCUGUGAAUGAAUCAGAAAUUCUGAAAGAGCUAAAAAAUCUUAAAGUGGUAAAAUGCAUCUGGACUGGAUGAUUUCCCUAGUCACCCUGCUCACCCUAGUGACCCAGGUCACUGAUUGCUCCAAGAUGCUGCUUUGUUUUAACUUAACCUUUGACAAUGGAGGAAGCUGAUGUAGUAAUCCCCCAUGGUUUCAAUUUGAGCUUCCUCGCCAGAAAAAUACCUCCAGUUCUUCCACUUUUGUAUAUUUUUUUUUCUGGCAAAUAAAUAAACUUAAACUGAAACUGAGAAAAAGCUGAGAUAGUUGUGGCAUUUACCUUUACAAGAAAACUUGUAACAUAUCAUCUAUCUUGCCUACUUGGUGCAGCAAUAUCUGUGUCAGAGGUCACUCUGUGAUAGUCUUACCAGCACUGCAUUCAGAGUGAAGAAACACUUGUGGUUAUUUUUUUCCUGAUCAAUUGUUUGUUGUUUCUGUAGUCCCCAGAUGCCUCCAGGAAUCACUCCCCUCAAAAACAGCUUUCUAGGUGGGUACUGGUUUUUAUUUUUAUUGGUAUUUUCCUGUCAGGAAUAUUAUAUAUGUUAUUGUUAUCUGGUACUGCCCGGAUAAAAAUUAAUGAGCCAUCAGCUGGCAAUUUUGCUCCUUCUAGUGGAAUAAUAUGUUUAUUGCCAUCGACCCAAUACUUAAGUUUUAAUUAAUAAUAUUAUAGUAAAAACCAUGCAAGUUUAGUUCUGCUACUCUGCAGGUUUUUCUGCCUACUAUUUGUUGUUAACCAUUUUGAAUGGGCUGCGUUGGCUGUGACAAUUUUCUGGAUUCUCCUUGCUUAUUGCCUUGUAUCAGCUUACAGCAGUAGUGAGGGGAUUUGACAUAAGAUCUAGUCACAAGGGAAUUUUUUCCACACAUCGCUGAAGUUACGUUCAGAAGAAGGAAUGAAUUGGCAGGCUACAGUAGUUUUUAUUAUAUAUUUUUUCUUCAUGAUGGAGGCUAAAUCUUUUGACAUUUUUUUGUUCCACUUUCAAUCAACAAUCAAUACCUUCCAGCAACAUUAAUUGUAAUGUUAAGCAGGUUUUUCAAGAAGUCUUGACAGUUUAGGUUCAACCAAUUUUUGUUGAUGUUAUCCCCAUUAUACAAGUCCAAGUUCGCCUUACUUGAUAUUGUGUGUCUUAAAAAGGAUGAAAGGAUGUUUACAAGUGUAAUAUUGGUGUGGCAUCCUCAUUUGACUGAGAAAUUGGAUGCUGACCUUUAAAUGGAGCUAUAGUUUACAUUGUAAAAUAUUAACUAUAAACUUCUAAUAAUCUCUUAUCAGAUGUCAGACUGUUGUCACUCAAGAAGAUAUGUACUCUCAUGUGUUGUCAAUGUUUGUGGAGAAUAAGGUACAAAGAAAUUGUGUUCAUUAAGUUACAGUCUUACAGUAAUGUUAUUUUAGUACUGUCUUAAACUGUCUUCAUUGUCUUAGCUGUUAGAGGUUAGAUUUAGCAUGAUUGAAAUCUGCCCUUCACACUAAUAGCUUCUCUAAGUGGAUCUUCCAAGUUCCCAAAAAAAAGCUAAACCUGCCACUAGUUCCAGUAAAAUGGAGUGCGUUCAGUCUGUGUAGGCUUACCAUACCUGAGAGGAACAUCUGAAACAUUACAGCAGAUCUUUUAAUCUCAUGGGGUCCAAAUCUUCCACAAGCCUUUUAACUCGCUGUGAAAUCAAUUGACACAUGUAAAGGAUUAAUCAGAGAAAUUAAAGAAGUGUGAAGGCAUUUACCACUUCCCUGUGUAACCAUCAGCCCCCAUGAUACUUAGAACUACUGUUUUUCAGCAUCACUAAGCAACUGGUCACAUCAUCAACCUACACAAUGCGAAAGUACUAUCUGAUGAAACUAACACCAUCAGGCAUAACACCAUCAGUGGUAACGUUCAGUUUUCCUUUAACCCAUUCGCCACUGAGCUGGCCACAAACACCCAUGCGGAUCUACUUCCUUUCUACUGCUUGUGAUGUCAUCAGUUUUGAUUGUCAAGGAUAACUUUGUCCGCUGACUUGUGCAGAGUGAAGAGAUCUUUCAAACCAUACCAAAGUGAGCACAAUUCAGUCAAGGACACCAGAGGAAAGGCAAAAAACCUUGUAACAUUGACCUGAAGAUUUCCAUGAAAAUCUUGUUCCACUACCCACCUACCUUUCCUUUCAUCUAAUCCUGAGAUCCUAAAAGCUUUCCUAAAACUUUUCCCACCAAAAUGAAGCCUACUAAAUGCCCAGACUACUAUCUAUCUCAAAAUUUCGCUUUCUGCACAUGCCCGAACUUCACAAGCUAAUAUUUUGCAUCUGGAUCAGAAGGCUGCAAAGUGUACAACAACUUGCUUCAAAACGCGUUUUUUUUGGCAAAAUCUCUAGGGGCGAAUGGGUAAUCAAUUAAAGUAAAUAGCUGCCAGCCAUUGACAUUGCUUAUUGUUUUUUAGGAUAUCAAGUAUAAAUUCAUGGUGGCUGUGCUGGUAGAGUACAUCCGUUCACUUAACCAGUUUGAAAUCGAAGUUGAGGUAAGCUCAGAAAUAUUACGUAAUAGUUAUCAUAUUUUUUAAUAUUUUGUCCUUUUUAACAAAAAAAUAUAUUGGUGUCAUAAAAAGAUUAAUAGCUAAACUUGACCAGAAAAAGCACACUGUGGAAAAUAUUGUAUUAUUAAUGAGCUAGUAUACUUAUGAGUGUAUAACUUAUGUUGUUGCCAUUUUCUUCCUUUCUUGAUAGCAUUAUCUCUAUGAGUUGAUUAUCAACCUACUUGUACGCAACAAAUGUUUUUAUCAACUUCACCAGGUAUGUUGUUAUACUUCUUCAAAUUGCACCUUCUGGUUGGCUAGAGCUGUUGAUCCCACUUGGAAGAAAAUACUGUUAAGAGGGAAUAAAAAUACAGAGGUUUCCAAUCAGUGUAUAUUAAAAGUGAAACUAAAACUGAUUUAAAAAAAAAAACGUAACAACAAGAAGACUAGACCAAAUUGUGUAACAGUCUUACAGAUGUAGGAAGCACAUUCAAGUCAUUUAUUUUAAUCAAGACCCAUAAUGCUGGUCCAGCUUCUGGGACUUAACCCUUUAAGUCCCAAUAUCAACGUACCAAUUCUCCAAACUGAUCUCUAUACAUUUCUUUAAAGAAGUGGUUGAGAGAAUUUGAUAAAAGAUCAUGGCAUUUUCUCUUUGGUGAUCAUUUCAUUAAUUCUGAUAACUCUAUCUCUUGAUAAGGUAUGGAUAUUGUUAGGAGAAAAUUGUUGUUGGUCUCUAUUAAUAAAGAGUUAACAACUGCAUCGCUUAAUGGAGGUUGGGUGCCUGGAGUAUUCAGGGGCUUCCACUAUUGGCAGCCAGCCCCUAGACUGAAAUAAUGCCCCCAUGACUGGCACAACAGUGCAACCCAGCCAUGAGCCCCCACAUGAAGGAAAAGGAACAGGCACCCGUCACACUUAAAACAUCAGUGGAGAAAAACCAACAAAGCCUAGGGGCUAGGGGGAGGUGGAAGGGGAAGAAAAUGGCUGACAGGAUCUAGCACGAAGGAAAACUGAAUGUGCCAAAGAAUCACAUGAUCAAUGUAGUCAGCUACUGGGAAUGUGCAUGCGAAAGACCGCUGACCUCAGGCACUUGAGGCACUCUUAGUUGUUAACUCCUUUAAAUUGCAUUUAAAUGCAUUUAAACCUGGGACUACUGACAGUCUGAUACUGACAACCAAUCAUUCAAGCUACUUAUACUACUACAUGAGAAAUUUCUGCAUUUUGAUUGGCUUAGAGCAGUGGUAUUUCAGCUUUAUUUGAAAUACCUACAUGUGAAAAUUACAAACUUUUUGCGGGUAGUAGUAUAAACAAAUAAUAGCAUGAUUUGUAUGUGAUAUUUGGCAUAAAUACCAUUCGUGAUAUUUCAAAAUUGUCACAAAUUUCACUCGCCUAACGGCUCGUGAAAUUACGUAUAACAAAUUGGAAAUAUCACUCGUGGUAUUUAUGCCAAAUAUCACUACAAAUCAUGCUAUUACCUAUACAAGCACGCCAGUCAUAGUAAGUGGUUUUUAUUUUUUCUUUCAGUUCCUACAGUAUCAUGUCAUAGGUGAUUCUAAACCACUGGUAAGUUUCAGUAAUCUGUUGUUAAAGUUUUGGUUAUUAACUGUGUAUAUAAAAGUUAUAUCUUAUUGGCACAAUAUUUUAUAAAAAUUGGGAACUCUUUCAAGUCACAUUAAAUCUUGACUUGUAAUACUCUGUUAGCAGAGAAUUAAUUAGCUAUUUAAUUCUGUCGGGAAAGUUUUUAUCAUGUUUAGUGUACCGAGUUAUUUAUGUCUUUGGUACUUUUCUAACUGGCUUGUUAAGUGUGUCCAAGACAUACAAAAGGAACCUCAGUGUGUAAGCUGCAGAGCAGACUUGCAAUAACUUACAACUUCAAUGAGCAUGAAUAACAUGAUGAGAAUGUUUUGCAGGCAUGCCUCAUGCUUUCACUUGAAAAUGAUUACCCUCCAACAUAUCAACUGGCUUUGGACAUGCUGAAGGUAAAUUAUUGUUCCAACACUGCUGCAUUUCCCAUCUUAAUACUUAGCAAGAUUCAUACAUGUAGCACUAUAAAAAAAUCCAAUAAACAGAAUUGAUGUUGUAUUUCACUUUACACCCAUGAGGCCAUCAUUCUUGUAUUGCAAACAUCAGGCAAACGUACUUCUAUAUGAUAAACAUUAUUAUUACAAUCAUAACUAUAACAAAAUUCUCAAAUCUGAUUGGCUAUCAACUGUCCUGAUUUCAGCACCAAUAGGACAGUGUAAUAGGACUAUGCGUCAUCCCUUGGACAGUAAGUGCUAUUGCACAUGCGCACUUAAAUAGCUUGUUUUAACUGCUAGCACAAACUGUCCAAAUUCCUUGUGAUUUGAUUUUAAAAAAGGCCUAAAAUAUCACAUAUUUUGAUAUAGUUAUGAUUGAUUGGAAACAGAACUUUGUGUCAUCCAUACUCCUGUUUAAGAAAAUCGCACUCCCGAGCACGCAGUCGUCCGAUUUUGUUAAUCACUUGAAUGAUUACACACUAAAAUAUCACACAUUUUGUCAUAGUUAUGAUUAAUGGAAACAGAACUUUGUGUCAUCCAUACUCGUGUUUAAGCAAAUCGGACUCCCGAGCACGCAGUCAUCCGAUUUUGUUUAUCACUUGAAUGAUUACACACUGAAUUGGACUCCACUCAGUCCAAUUACCAUAUGAUUAUUUAUCGUUAUUAUUAUUAAUAUUAUUGUUGUUUUUUUUUUCAGAGACUUAACACUGCUAAUGAGGAAAUAAUUGAAGUUCUCCUGUCCAAACAACAGGUUAGUCUUGCAUCAUUCAUGAUUAAUUUCUUUGAAAUUAUUGCAUUUGAUGUGUUUCUCUUCUUGACCUGGCCAUUUCAUUUUGUAUCAUUUUUAUUACAUAAUUCUUUCCCCCUUUGCAGCUUUUACCUGCUCUACGUUACAUUCGAGCCAUUGGUGCCGAGGACUCUGCCUCACCAAGGAAGUUCUUAGAAGCUGCAACGAAUCCAGAGGAUCCCAUGCUUUUCUACACUGGUACGUAUGGUUCUGUUGAACAUAGUCCGUUGCUUUGGUUCUUUAUAAUUAUCACAUUGCAACUAUCUAGCCAUCUCUUUGCAUGGGUACAAGUGACAUACUUAUGGGAUAAUCCUAGGAUGGACCUAUACAAUGGGAAGUAGUAAAUACUCUAAGAUGCUACUAAAACUUGGAUAAGCUUUGGCUUUGUGUAGGCCUCCUUUCCUUGUAGUGUGACUUUAUAUCAUGUAUCCAUGAUAACCAUGCUAUUAAGCUUUUUUUUAUUUUUUUUAUUAGAUUCGCCAAUUCUUGGCAGGGUCAAUGCAACAGCAGAGGCUAUUACUGUGUGCCCAUAACAGUCCCUGCCCCCAUGAGAGAUAUACCCCCACACUGUGGAUUACUUACCCUACUCUUUUAGACUUGAAAAUUAAGUCCUUUUAGGUUCUUUGAGACAAGUAGAUUUUCUUGCUCAGGGCAUGUAAUUUUUUUAAGCUUCCUUGCCCAAUGGGCAAGUGUCUAGGAAAAUCAUCUUGUAACUAAAUACAGUAAUUAACUAAGAAAAGCAAGCAGUAGCACUAUAUAGGCAAGCAAAAUUCAAGUUGACAAAUUAUUUUUUAAGCGCGAUGCCACUCACAUGUGACCUCUGAUCUAGCGGCACUCCUUAACUUGAGAAGCUACUUGCAGGCUAGAUCCCUAUAGGUACUUGGCACAGUAAAAUUUAAUUUGUUGCCUCUGUCAUGUAGGUUGAGGGUUGCAACUUUGGCUGCAGGGCUUAAGAAAAGUAGUAGCGAGUUUGGGCAAGCUGUGUAAAUUAAACCCCUGCUAAGUAUGGGUAGCCCCAGCGGGGGGUACUAGAGUUGAACCUGAAACAUCUUUAUAGUCUUCACUGCUGUCGUGUAACUGUUUGUCUUUUCUUUUUCUGUUUGUCUUUUUUUGUUGCAGUGUUCAAGUUUUUUGAACAACGUAAUAUGAAGUUACGUGGAAGCCCCGAGUUUGUUCCUGGUAAGUCAUUAGUAGUACCGUAAAUUCAUGUCAACUUUUUUUUGAAGGGACUGCCCCCUCCCACCCCCUUGUGCUUGCAGGCAAUAAAUUCCUGACAGAUUUUAUUUGGAUGAUCUCUAAAGAGAAAUUCAAAUAUAGGGUGAGUGAACAGGCUAACCCAGUAACAACUUAUGCUAUUUUCCAUUAUACAGGUGAACACUGUGAACCAUAUGUAAAAAGGUUUGAAUUGUUGUUUGGAUCAAGUCGCAGUGGAAUAUCUCAGGGCAAUGGAGGAAUCAAUUAAACAAAAUACAUGGGAGGCCAUGUUGAGAACGAGAUCAG